ACUGCUCCAGCCGUGUCGAUCACUCGUAAGUCGGAGAACUCGUGUAAAAUUUUGGUAGUUUUCGUGGUACCCGGUUAAUAGACAGUUCUCCAUUAGUUGUUUUGAUUCUGGGGUGAAAUCAUCUAAAAUGACCUUCACAAAAACCGUCGAAAUUGGCCGAGUGGCGUAUAUCGCCAAAGGGAAGAAUGUUGGAGAAUUGGCCACCAUUGUCGAUGUCAUUGAUCAGAACAGAAGCUUAAUUGACGGGCCGUCAAUUCCUCGCCAGGUCGCCAACUUUCGCGACCUCCACCUCACAAAAUUAAAGAUUAAGAUCCCUCAUACCGCUUCCCACAAGGCUGUGGUGGCAGCAUGGGAUAAAGGAGACAUUGCCACAGCGUGGAAGAAUUCCAACUGGGCGAAGAAGCUGGAACGUCAGAAAAAGAGGGCCGCGAUGACUGAUUUUGACCGAUUCAAGCUCAUGCGAGCACUGCAGGCGAGGAACAAAUUAGUCAAAUUAGAAUUUGGCAAACUGAAGCGCCUCCAAAGCAAGAAAGCCGGAGGAGAAAAGAAACCUGCUGCAAAAGGAAAAGGCCCUGCGAAGAAAAAAUAAAGCAUUUCUUUGUUUUCCAAAAUUUUUCGAUAUCAUGUAUUUGAUCGUAACAACGGUGUGAGGCGAUGUUCGAACUUCGACGAAUAAAAGAUUCAUCCACGGA